AUGAGCCGUUGUGGCAACAUUGACUACCUUGGAUUCAGCAACUUCAGAAUUGUUUUGGAUGCACAUGCUAUUACACAUGACACUGCAAAAAAGGAUAAAGAUGGCGAUAGAUGUUUUGCUAAACACAUUUAUGCAAAUCAUGAGUAUCACUAUUUGUGCCAGUGGACAGCCAUGGGUAACUACUGUGCCUUGUACAAAAACAAGCUUGGACAAACUCAGAAACUUUUCAUGUGGAAUACCAAGGACGGCAGUGCUGCAAAGAAAUAUCAAGAACAGCUGAAAGCUCUUGUGAAUAAAACUGAGGAAAGGAGAAACAUUGUUAGUUCUCAUUGUCAAAAAGGGCACUUCAAUGCUUACGGUUUGCGGAAAGGAGCCGCAAGCUAUGCAAGCUCAGGAACCACAUGUGCCCCGUUCCUUUCUUCUAUUGCACACCGUGGUGAUUGGUCAAUGGGCUCGGUCUUUGACAUAUACUGGAGAUUUUUGCCAGUUGGCGAUCAUUACUUGGGCCAGAUACUAUCAGGAAAGGACCCAAUGAAACCAUCAUUCAAGACCUUACCUCCACAUUGGAAAAUGGCAAAUCCGAUGGGCCACCCACUGAUCCGCGAAGUCAUGAACGCCAACUUUGGUCCCAUCUUAAAAACACAUAGUGAAGCGGACUAUGAUCCUACAGGUUUGUUGUUGCGUUGCCUAGCAUGCAUGGUAUGGCAUGCCAAGUCGUUCCAGGAGUACAUUGCCCAUAACCCAAGCAACGAACUUGUCAAGGUUCCAUUCUACAACAUGAGAGGAUCAGAAAUUGACGCAUUGCAACAGCUUAUCACUGUUGAACCAACUCCCGAUGUCAUGACCACUGUUACUGGCGUCCCGCCACACAUUGAAACAACUUGCCAAAUGAAGGCAAUUCAUGACAACUUAAUACAGUUACUUGCACAAACAAGAAUCAGUGAGGACAACCAGAAGCAGCGCGACGAGCAAUUGAAGGCAGACCUUGUUGCGGCUGUUCACCAUGGAAUAGAGCAGAAUGCAAUUUCGAACGGCAACAUUACUGCAAAAGGUAUCAAUGACAUCAUUCAAAAGCACCAAGACGCAACAAAUAAACAACUUACCGAACAUUUGCAAGCAAUGCUUAGGAGCCUGCCUCCUCAGUUCCAAGGUGGUCAGCCAGCUCAGAUUCCGCCACCUGGAAAUCAAGUUCAGCAAGGGGGUGGAUUGUUGCUUCAAAAGCCUGAUCAAGGAAAAUACUUUUACACCGAAAGGUUCUGGUCCGUUCCGGAAGACUUUGAGUUCCCUCCAAAGCCAAACCUUCCCCAAGCGCUUCGAUGCUGGCUCAAGGGUAUAAGGUAUGGCAACAAUUAUGUGAAACCAUUUCGCCAGCUACGACCAAAGGACCUCCCAACCACAGCACUCCAGUCACAGAUGCGAGUUGAAUGGCAGAAAUUUUUCAAGUAUCUCGAGAACAAUGGGUUAGAAAUGCCUAGUAACACGAGCGAAGAAGUGACUGAAGCACAAUUGGAACGUACUACCGAUGAGAUGUGGGACCUUUUGGAAAAAAAGGUUUCCUAUGCAUUCACAAGAAAGAAUGCAAAAAGCCACUGUCUUUCUACUUUCGCAAGGAAGGUAUCGCCGUCAGAAAUUGUUAAGAAUGGAAAUCCGUCAGAUAAAACUUACUUGGAAUCGAGGCAGAAGGCAAAACCUGCCGCACGACAGUAUAAAAAUCGAGUCCGACCGCUGGCUAAAAAUCCAAAGUACCUCAGAAGAGGAAAGCAAAAGACAACAGCAAAUGCAACGAAUCCAGCAAGAUUGCAACAGGCAACAAUUCAUGCAGGAGCGGGUAUCUUGCUUGAGCCGAUAGACCACUCACCUCGUGUCUUGAAUUCGACUCGAUAUUCAAUUGAAGCAAAUGCAGAACAGGAUCGAAUGAUGGAAGAGUAUGGUGUUGGUCGUGGUCCAACUGGGCCUCCAGCUGUUGCCAUCGGACAUCACGACCAAACAUCACCCACAUAUCUUCAAGAACUCAUUGACAGAUUUGGAAUCAGGCAUCCAUAUCCGCCAAUAUCAGUUCCAGGACCACUAGGACCAUGUGCUUGUGCCGGUUGCUCCAAAGAGUUGGAACUUGGGCGACACCGAUGUGCCCGAUGCAACAUCGUCAUUCACAAUAACUGUGCGAUGGAUCGAAAUUGGUACAUGCAAAAGAAUGGUGAGGAAAUGUGUUUUUGUAGUGAUCAGUGCAAAAAGAAUCUUCCCGGUGGAAGAUACUUGUAG